UAACCCUUCUAGCACGACCUUUAUCGACCAAUCAGGAUUGAAAUGAAUAUAGAAAUGGAUUUACCCGAAAAGAUCUAUGUCAGUGGUGCUCGUUCUAUGUCAAUCGGGGGUCAAUUUUAUUUCCUACUUCUUGUCAUGGCCCGCCUAACCAGGGACGGCAUUGGGAAAUAGCAAAUUGGCAGCCGCCUGUGGCCUCCAAUUGGUUGGGGCCUCGCAUAAGACUCCAAACAAUUUUUUUAAAGAAAAAAUAGUGAAACUUACGCCCAAUGUUAUUGUUGGAGUGCACUAGGUUUUAAAUAUAUCGUGUAAUCUUAUUUUUUUUCGCUGUUUAUUUAUUUUUUCUAUUUCAUUUGGGGCCACCGAAAUCACUUCGCCUUGGGCUUUCAAUAAUCUAAGGCUGGCCCUGGUCUAACCCCUGGACACGAUCUAUAGAGUUUCAUUAUGCAAUGUAUAUGGAAAUUUCGAGAUGCCAGAUGACAUCGAGGGUAUUAUGUUAGGCAUCCCUGAUCCAAAUUUUUUUUUUGAGGGGGAGGGGGAUUUUAUUUGUAAAUACGGAAAAGAAUCUAGCCUGCAUCGGAUUUACCCUCAUUUUGUCAAGUGUAAAAUUUAAUGUACAAAAUAAAUAAUUUGAACUUGUUUAUUUAUCGCGCAAGAUAGAAUUAAAAGUUCUUGUUGCUUAGUGCGAUCGCUGAUUGUAACUGGAGCUGGCUGUAGCUGUAGCUGGUUGUAAAGGACAGGUAACAAAUACAUUCAACGUUUUUUUUAACUAGUUACAGAAAGUGAUAGAGGUUUUGAUCUAGUGUGCGCUCUCUUGAAAGAGGCUUCAUUAAUCUCAGAAAUUUACAAUUUGCUAAUAAUGUCUGCUAAUUGCCAUAUUCACGGUAUUCAUGAAACAGAAGUGGUGUCAGAGGGGGGUGAAGGAGAGCUACUAUCUAGCUUUGAUAACUGCUCCAAAAACCCUGGACACCAGGCCUUCAUUCCGAUCAAUGACCUCACUGUGGAUCAUUUACCAGAAAACUUUAAGGACAAUGACAUCUGUGAAUACAUGCACUCUGUAGCUGACCUCACUGCUAGGGUCAGCGUGAACACUACCAGCUACGAUCGGCCAGAGUUUUGGGCAGAAACCGACAUCUCUUAUCCAUUUUUCGCAACACGGGGAAGUUCAGUCUUCAGAUUUGGCAGCGCGAUGGUUAGACGAGUCACCAAGCACACUGACCAAGACUCUUAUCCAGAAACCUGUAAAUGCAACAUGUGUUUGACCUCGAGCACUCCGAGUACUGUGUGGGUGGAGCUGGAUGUCUACACUGCUACUCAUGUGGUAUUUAAUGCUGAGGAGACACAGAGCGUUAAUCUUAAGUUCUUUUUUAAUGAUUAUAAGAACCCGUCUGUGAACUUUGACCGAACUGACUUUGUGAGGGCAGACGUCAACGAAGACCUGACCUGGUUAAAAUGCUACACGUGCGAUAAAACAUUGGUGGAGAGAUUGAGCAGCGUAUGGGAACGUUUCCUGGCAAGUCGGACUGUUGUUUGCGACAGAUACGAGAGCGAAAUGGAGACAUAUAAGUUGACCUUCAUCGUAUCUCACCCCCACGGCUGUUCCAAGAUGGUAACAAUCGGUCACUGGAAAGAGAGGAUUCUUGUCCGGGACAGGCUGACCAAAUAUACUUAUGAUACUGGAACCUGUAACGGUAGCAGUGGGGCGUCGGUCAACAUUCUGGGCUACAACACUGGAAAGUGGUUUUACAGACAGCACGUCCAUUGUGGCGUUUUUCAAGACCUUCAACUCAACUACAGCAGCACAGGACUGGACUAGAGGACAUUGUUUUGAGUAGACAAAGCUGAAUGGACUAGAGGACAUUGUUUGGACUGGGCUGGAUAACAUUGUUUGUAGACAAGACUGAUCGGGCUAGUGGACAUCGUAUGGAGUUGAUAGUAACGCAACAUUGUUUCUGGACAAAGCUGUUUGGAGUGGACAAAACUGACUGGGCUAGUGGACAUCGUAUUGACUCUUGAGUUGAUGAAGCUGACAUGUUUAGAAGGCAUUAUUUGUGGACAAUGCUGACUGAGCUUAAGGACAUAUGCUUAAAGCUGACUAGACUUGAAAACAUUGUAUGUAGACCAAGCUGACAGACUAGAGGACCUUGGGUGGACGAUUAAUGUAAUUGUUCUUAUUCUACUGUAGAAUUCUACUGGACGAUUAAUGUAAUUGUUCUUGUAGAAUUCUACUGGACGAUUAAUGUAAUUGUUCUUAUUCUACUGUAGAUUGCAUAUAAAGAUGUAAGAUUGAUUUGUGUGAUAUUAUUAAUACAUAUGAUAUUGAUUUAUUAUAACUUGGAUCUAGAUAUAUAUAUUUUUUUAUAAUUUGAUUUUAUUAUUGCAUGAUAUAUUCUUGAUAGAUUCUUGUGUUUUAGGAAGACGGACACUACAGUAUUAGUGACAGGCUGACUAGCGUGUAAGCGUGUGUGUUUGUGUGUGUUGGGGGUAGUGACCACUGAUAUGACUUUAUAGUCCGGUGUUGACAAACUGGACGGCGCGAGUUGUUUAUAAGCAUGAAUAGUGAGAAACUCCAGUUAAUGACUUUUUUAAAUGGGUGCUGUAAGCAGAGAGGUAUAGAUCUAGGUUAUAUUAAGUUUAAUUGUCAUCACCAUGUUCUCAUCCUGCUAUAAGCUGCCUAAGGAGAAGUACAUAACUAUGAAUAUAUGUUAUAUAUUUGGUUGCAGUCUGUCAGUUUAAUUUAAUUUAAACUUUAACUUUGACCUUUUAUUUUGUUUGAAGAACAUGGACGUCAGUCUAUCACAUUUUCCUGUAUAUACUGACGAAGGAAAGUGUAGAUGUAAUGUUCCAAAGCUUGUGUACCAUGUUUAGCUAAGAAAUUCAUGAGAGAAUGUGAAUGGACGGGUCUGCCUAUGGAAGAGACUCUAAUCAUGGCUCGAGAGAACUGGAUAGAUAGGCCUACUGUUGUCAGAUUAUGUGUGGUGAAGAACUGGUGAAUGUAAUCAAAUCCAAAGGGCCAAUAGUGAUGAGAAUCUUUUUGAGUACUUUUAAUGAAAGUACCAUGAGAAUUGGGCCACCCUAAACAGGAAAAACCAAGUACUAAAAAGAUCUACUGUAAUUUCAUAAAACUGUUGUCAUAUACAUUUUGUUUUAUUAUUAUUGUUUUAAAUAGCACUCUUUUUUUUUUACUUAAUAGAUUGCUUAGAUUAUAAUUAUACUAACUACGAAAUUGGCUGUUAUUGUAUCCAGGAAUAAUAAAUGAGAUAAGCUCUUUACAUUAAGAUACUUAUAUCUUUAUUCCUUUUGUACAGUAUACUAUUGGGGGGUGGUUGAGUGGGCUUGGUAUUCGAACCUGGGGUCCUGAGUUCGAAUCAAUAUUUUAAAGGUAAAUUCUCCCUUUCAGACCUUGCGAUCUAAGGGUAGAUAAUAUUAAGAUUAUCUUUUUCAUGUGGCCAACACUACGACCAACCGCCUUUACUUUCCACUUAUAGAGUCAGUUACCCAUUGGGUGGACUCGAGGGCGCCCUAAAAAUCCCUAAAUUAAAAAUUCCUGUGUCUAUUUCAGUUUCUUAAAGUUUUCUUGAGUUCAGGGGUCCAAAACAGAGGAUGUGUAUUCUAUUAUUGGCCUAACCAAGGUUAAUUAACAUUUUAGUUUUAUGUUCUUAUUUGAAUUUUAGCAAUUUCUUUUAAUAAAUCCAAAAGCUUUAUUUGUUUUUGUUGUUGUUUUUUGUUUAUAGUUUCAUCAAUAUGUGGAUUCCAUGACAGUUUUUCAUUUAUUAUAUCACCUAGGUAUUUUGCGUUUUAAGUCUGUGUUACUGGUUUGCCAUGAAUAAGAUAAGUGAAAUUUAUUUGGGUGAUUCCCAUUUCUGUAAUUCAUCUAAUUCUCUUUGUAAAAUUUCUGUGUCUUGUGUUUGUUUUUAUUGUUCUAUAUAUUAUGCAAUCGUCUGCAAAUAAUCUGACUUUUGUUCCUGAACUAAUGCAAUUUGGUAAAUCAUUUAUGUCAAUUAAAAAUAGUAGUGGACCUAAGACUGUUCCUUGAGGUACUCUUGAGUUUACUGUUAUUGGUGUUGAUUUAGAGUCAUUUAUUAUUACAGUUUGUUCUUUCCCUAUUAUAAAAUCUUGAAUCCACCGAUGCAAUGGACCAUCAGUGCCAAAAUAUUUUAAUUUUGUUAAGCAAUCUAUGGUGGUGAACUUUGUCUCUAAGCUUUAAAAAUCUAACAAGAUAGUAUCUAUUUUCUCAUUAUUAUCUAAACGCUUUGAAAAUUCAUCAAUUAGUCCACCCUUCCUGUCCAAAAAGUAAAUAGACUGUAUUCCACUGUAUGUAUUAGGCUAAUUCAAGGCAAAUAUACGAACACCUAUAUUUAUUUAGACAACUUUUUUUUUUUCAAAUUUUAUUGUGCAGAACUGUUUAUGUAAGAAACAUCUUCUUAACUUCUUACUGAUUUUAUUAUGGAUACAUUUUUCUACAAUGUUCAAAUAAAUAGAUCAAACCGCAGGUCUACAGUUGGAUAGAUUAGCUAAGUCUAGAUAAAAAAAAACUAACCCCACACCAAAAAAAAAAAAGUUAUGAAAAGUCGUUAAAGUUUGUUUUUUUGGUUCGCUUAUCUUUUGAAAUCGGUGAUAACCUUUUAGCUUAACCACUUAAUUUUAGUUGAAACUUAGUUUUAGUUUAACUUGUUAAAAUUUAGUUCAGUUCCCAUCACUAAUAACAGAUCAUUAAGGAAUACAGUAUUUCACGUGGCUAUGGCGCAGUCACAGCUGCGACCUACAUAUUUUGAGCAGAUAAAACUAUUUUCCGCCGGUGGUAGAUUUAGACUUGUUAAUGAGGAAACUUCAAUUACCCACGGGAUCAAGAAAAACGUUCAGCAUAUACUUUUUUAAAAAAGGACAAUAACUCUUUUAUACAAGUUAUAGAUAGAAUAUUUUUCUAUUAAUGACUAAUGAAUGUUAUAUAUUUUUAAAAAUUACCUCCCCCCCCCUCCCGGCGCAGUUCACUCUUCAAUGAAUAAUGCCUACAUGUGGAAAUACCUAAAGAGGUACGGUCCGUUCAAGAUAAAUAUUUUCUAGUUCUUUAGUCAAAUUUUAAUUUCUUUUUUUAAAUUUGAAAAUUAUAACGGUCAAAGUUUAGAGUGUUCCAAGUUUUACACGAAGUUGCGAGUUAAAUGGAGGCAGUGUAAAAAAAAAAAAAAAAAAGAACAA